GAUGGACAGCUUUACAUGCAUCUAUAAUGGCCGACGUCAACGAUGACAAUGCAUCAGAGAUACCUUUACCUGCAUCUGCUGAGGUCAACAAUGACAAUGCAUCAGAGAUACCUUUACCUGUAUCUAUUGUUGACAACGCCAAAAUGAUAGCCUCACAAGCACAUAUUGUGGUGGACGAGGAUGCAUCUACUAUUUUCAAUGACAAAAGAACAGGUUCAAAUAUGACUAAAAAGUUGUUACAAGCAAGGCCAGAACUCGCCAAAGUGAGGGACAUUUACGAGAGGACUCCUCUCCACUUUGCGGUAGAGAUUAACAAACCUGGGAUUAUUAGGGUUUUGUUGAAAGAAGAUGCUUCCCUUGCCUACUUAACAGACAAAGAUGGCUGGUCCCCGCUUCAUGUUCUUUCCGUUACUUCUACUUCAAAGAACCCUACCUUGGAUAUGAUUAAGGAUAUAAUUGAGUUGUGCCCUGACUCAGGAUAACUAUUAGAUAAUGGGGGAAAUAAUUUUCUUCACCUACUUGUAGCGGAGAACAAGAGGAUGGACGAGGAUGUUAAAGGAGAAACUAUUUCGGAGCUAUCAGAAAUUGAUUUUUCGUGGGAGGUACUUUUAAACCAACCGAAUAAUGGUGGCAAUACACCAUUGCAUCUUGCUACCUUUUCCAGAAGUAUAGCUUGUGUAUGUGCUCUGACAAAUGCAAGAGUAGAUAAGACAGCCAGGAACAACAUGAACUUGACAGCUUAUGACAUUGCUCGCUAUCUAUACAAAUCCUCAAGUCAACAAAAGGUAAUGAAUUUAUAUAUAUUACAUUUAUGCAUAUUUUAUAAUUAUAUAAAUGUUGUUUAGGGAAUAAUUCUAGAUUUGUUAUGGCACUAUUAUUAUAUUCACCAAUCAUAUAUAAUUUCAAUUCCCUAUUGCACUCCAACGAAUAUUCCAAAUAGGAAACUUUAUACGUGUACACAUUAUAAGGGGAAGUUAUUUUUGUGAGAGAGCGUAUGUUGCCCCUUUGUGCGGAGUGCACGUGAAAGCAUCAAGUGUGAGACGAUCAUCGUUUUCCAUUUUAUGAGGAACAAGGUGAUCUAUUCGCCCCCACCUGUAUGAUUUGGGUAAAAUUAAUUUAUUUUUUAUUCAUUUUAACUAAAAUAAUUAAUUAAUUUUCUCCUUAAUUGGUUUUAUAAACGAAUUAUUAAUAUGUGCUUCCAAUUUUAAUGUUUUUUUAUUACUUUUUAAUUGAUCUAGAGCAA